AUGGAAUAUGAAAGGGAUAUUAAUGUCAUUAGUCAUGGUGGAAAUCUCAAGAAAGUUCAAGAGACAAAGGGAUAUUAUGAUCCUUUGCAAUACCCUAUAUUGUUUCUAUUUGAGACGCAUAGUUGGGACAUCAACACAAUAAAUUGUAUUGGACGAAAAGAGUCAUGUCGAGCAUAUUACAGUUACAUGCUUCAGAUUCGCCCAAAUGAUCAAUCAAUGUUGUUAAAUGCGGGAAGGUUAAGAUGGAUUAAAGAGCACCAAAGUGAUAUACAUGUUGAAUUGUACCAAGGUUUACAGGAUGUUAUGCAUGUUGGUGAAACUAAUGCGGAAAACAUUGGAAAAAGAACAAUUUUGCCAUCAUCAUUUAUUGGCGGUCGUCGAGACAUGACACAACGUUAUGAAGAUGGCAUGGCUAUUGUUCUUAAUGGCAGUAAACCAGAUAUUUUUCUAACAAUAACAUGCAACCCUUCUUGGAGUGAGAUAACAUCCGAACCUUUUCCUUUUCAAACACCACAAGAUCAUCCAGAUUUGCUAACAAGAAUAUUUUGUUCGAGAUUCGAGAAAUUGAAGGAUGAUGUUAUUAAUAAAGGAGUCUUGGGAAAAGUUAAAAGCUACAUGUAUCUCAAACAAUUCUUGGAUGAAACACGUCAAGGCACUGACUCAUAUCCAGAAUAUAGGAGAAGGUUUGAUGAAUCUAUAUUGUUAGGUAGAGAUAUGUAUGUCGAUAAUAGAUGGGUUUGCAGUAGCAUUAAAAGUAUCAAGUAUAUGUUCAAAUAUGUGUACAAGGGCCAUGAUCAUGUGACUAUGGAGGUUCAUAAAGGAUCACACAUGGAUGAAGUUAAGUAA